ACGCAAAAAAUGUUUGCACAAUCUAUCUGGAUCGUGAAAUGAGAAAUUGAGCAGACAAAGGAUAUUGAAUUCAAUUGUAAACACGCAAACGUAACUCGUCAUACAUGGUCGUAUUCAUCGGAUUUUGAAGAGCGCAGGUCCAAAGUGUGAUAUCCGUAUCUAAAUCUAAAAGUAUUGCGCACUGAAGCAAACUGGCUCAUUGCAAAUAAAUACACCUCGAAAGACAGUCGAAUCGGCAAGUCAAGUUCUUUUCUUCAUUGCACAGAAAGAAAAUCAUCAUGAGUUUAGUGCGACAAAAUUUUCACGACGAGUGCGAAACUGCUCUCAACAUACAAAUCAAUUUGGAGCUUUAUGCAAGUUACGUCUACCUUUCUAUGGCAUACCACUUUGACCGUAGCGACGUAGCAUUACAAGGCCUUUCGAAAUACUUUAAAGAAGCUUCCGAAGAGGAGCGCAAACAUGCCAUGAAAUUCAUGGAGUAUCAAAACAAACGUGGUGGAUCGAUUGCUCUCACAGAUGUGAAGAAGCCCGAAAAAAACAACUGGGGCACUGCUAAAGAUGCCAUGAUUGACGCUUUGAAUUUGGAGAAACAUGUUAAUCAGAGCCUUCUGCAGUUGCACGCAGUCGCUUCGGGCCACAACGAUGCAAAUUUCGUCGAUUUCAUAGAAAACGAGUACCUCCAGGAACAGGUCGAUUCUAUCAAAGAAAUCGCGAGUCAUGUUACGAACCUGGAGCGUGUCGGCGAAGGUCUUGGCGUUUUUGUUUUCGACAAGGAACUCAAUGAAUAAAUCACGUUUUACCCCGAUUGUCAAAUUUUUUAUCAUCGGAGGUAACGUCUGUGAUAUACUCAACUCAAUUCAAUGAAAAAAGUCUCUAUGAAGGCGCCGUAUUAUUUUAAUUUUAAGAAAAAAUUCCGGUUUUAAUUUAAAAAGAGAAAAUUCGCAGUACUUAAUGGCACAAAGUGCCUUUAGUCUUGUAAUUAUUUUUUCUUUUUUACCAUUUAUCUACAUUAUUUUCCUUUAAAUCUUUACUUUUUUUUUUUAAUUAUCUAUUCUUUAUGAAUCAUUUUUCCGGAAAUCGUGUGUGGCAGAAACCCCUGAGUCAUCGAGACAUUCGUCAAUUACGUAUUUCAAUUCUGCACUACAAAAGAAAUUAAUAUUCCAUAGAAUAAGGUACUUUGCGCGAAAAUUAUAAGCGUGUUUUUUUUUUAUUUAUUUUUUUUAGAGAACAUGCAGCAAAGGAAUGUAAUUUUAUUUAAUUGUAAGAAAUAAAAAGACGAGUAUUUUAUCG